CUCAACAUUCAGGGGUUAACUGUUUCCACUUUUAAACAUUUAAGUUCGCAGAGUUUUGAAAAGAUAUGGAUUCCGAGAAACUGAAGAGGAUGACGACUGGUGUCUUUAUUGGACUGAUUACUCUGUUACUGUCGACCGCGUUCUCGUUAUGAAACAAUGGCAGAAAAUAAAUCACUUCCCGGAAUGUCAGAAAUUUGUCGUAAAGACAGUUUAGCGCGUAAUUUAAAUCGAAUGAUAAGACUAUUUCCUAAAGAUUACAAUAUAUUUCCUAAAUCUUGGUGCCUUCCUUCUGACUGGAAUGAUAUACAAAAUUAUGCUAGAAAGCAUAAGAGUAGAACGUACAUUUUAAAACCGGAUAACGGAUGUCAAGGUCGAGGUAUUUAUAUCACUAGAAAUGCUAAAGAUAUCCGACCAAUGGAAAAUAUGAUUUGUCAAGUGUAUAUAUCGAAGCCGUUUCUUAUUGAUGGAUACAAAUUUGAUAUGAGAAUUUAUGUUCUACUCACAUCAUGUGAUCCACUGCGUUUAUUUGUAUUUAAAGAUGGUUUAGUACGUUUUACCACAUGUUCAUAUGCUGAGCCAAAUCAUCGUAAUGUACAUGAUAUGUAUAUGCACUUAACUAAUUAUGCUGUACAAAAGCAUAGUGAAAGUUAUAUCCGAGACAACGAAGAAGGUGGGACAAAACGUCGUAUAACAACACUGAAUCGAUGGUUUACAGAUAAUGGUUACGAUGUGAAAAAGAUUUGGGACGAUAUCGAUGAUGUAAUCAUUAAGACAAUAUUAUCUGGCUAUGCUAUAAUUAAACAUAAUUAUCGAACAUGCUUUCCAAAUCACGUCCAAACAUCCGCAUGUUUUGAAAUUCUAGGCUUUGAUAUUAUGUUCAAUCAUAGACUCAAACCGUAUGUACUAGAAGUAAAUCACUCACCAAGUUUCACUACAGACAGUAAAUUAGACAAAGAAAUCAAAGAGACAAUGCUAUGGGAUGCUAUACAACUGGCACAUAUAACAGCAAUUAGCAAGAAGAAAUGUUGUGAUGAAGAAAGAAGGCGCAUUCGAAAUCGCUUAUUACAUAAAAGCGGUGAUAAACAGCACAGGUAUUCAAUUGAAAAGGAUAUGGAACGAUAUCAAGCAAUAAGUGAAAAGUAUGAAAGUACUCAUCUGGGUAAUUUUCGUUUAAUUUAUCCAUCAUCUGAUAUGGAGAAAUAUUCACCAUUUCUUAAUCCAACUUCUACGUUUUAUCAAGAAACAGUAACAUAUAAAGUCAGAAGUGAAUGUGCAAGACAACUCAGAGAGGAAAUUCGAUUAAAACACGAAAAACUAGAUAUGAUUGCUAAUCAACACAAACCUAGUCAGUCUGAAAGUCCAGCUCCUAAAAGAUUAAAAAUUAAAAUAAAUACUGCAAUAUCCCAACUAAUGAAACCAAAUGAUAAUAGUUAUGAUGUAAUCAAUGAUUCUGAUCAGCUGAUACCUGUAAAUCAAAGUCAAUUUAUCACUAGUCAAAGUGAUAUAGGAAAGAAAAUGCUGCAUGGACAACAAAUAAACGAACAACAACAAUAUCCCCAAAAACUUGAUGAAGGCCUAAAAAUUCCUACAAAACAUAAUGAUCACCAUGUAUUGCCUGAAGCUUUGAUCAACAAUGAAGCUAUGUAUAUAGAUACUAAACUUCCUCAACCAAUACUUGAUCAUGAAGAAGUUGAACGUAUAAAUGAGUUGAAAAGACGUGAAAGUCAAAUGCAUAAAAUCGGCUUGAUAUCAAUGCUUCAUGGAGUAUUUGCACAACAUAAUUCAAACAUAGGCAAUCAAAUAAUCAAGAGGAUGGAAAAAUUCAAUAGUAUUGAAAAAGGUUUUAAAGAAUAUCAAUUAAGUCAACAAAAAUUAGAUGAGAAAGAACGGUUUUCAAAUGUUUUAAAGCCAACAAUAUCAUGGCAAAAUCGAGCACAACGACUAACAAGACAAAGAGUAUGGAUGAAGAAUCAAGAGAAUGACAACUCAAUACAAGUCAAGUCAGAGAAUACCUUGGAUACUUGUCAAACUGCAAUAGUAUGGGAUAACCCAAAAAGUGUGGACAAUUGGGAUAAUAGGAACACACAAUCUGUCGGGAUAGUCACGAAUCAGUGUACUGAUAAUUAUUCUAUGCAAACAACAAAUGGAAAUCAUUUCAUUAAUUCAGCCCAACCAAUAAUCAGUAAUUCAAUUUUUGGUCCAUUGCCUUGCCAUCAAUCUCAAAAGAUACAGCAACAAAAAUAUCAACAAUCUAAUCGUGCACUCACCGGAAAUAUUCAACAUUCAGGAGUAUAUACAAAUGUUUCUUCAUUAAUAAACCAUAUGAGUAGCCAAAUAAAUCAAAACCUUCCAUUACCCACUGAUCGUAUAUCAUCAUAUCAGUACUGUAUUGAUCCAGUAGUUAUGGGUGUAAGAAGCUAUCAAGCUAAUAAAAACUCAUCUUCUGAAACUAUAUACAAUUCAGCUAGCACAGUUUUACGAAUAAAUGCAAAUAGUGGUUUUCUGCCUUCAAGAAAUAUUCGAUCACAUUCAGCAUUAAAAUCAAAAUACACAUUCACAGACUUGACAAACUGUAAUAAUAAUAGUAAUAAUAACAGUUUUAUCUCUUCACACAACACAUCAAGACAGUCUAGUCACAAUUCAUCAUCUAAGGAUCCAAAAACAGUACAAAAUGGCAUAAUCCCAUUGCCUACACUAGCUAACAACAACAUAAUAACAUGUCGUAAUGCUAACAAUAGCCCACAGUUAAUCACCAAUGCCCUAAUACCUGCUGUUACCUCAGUCAAAUUAAAUCGCGUAACCAGACGAAGUGCAAACCAAUAAUAUCGUUGAACAGUUCUCGAUGCAUGAUCUACAUUACAAAAUACAUACGAACUGGUCAUCUCAUGAUUCCCGAUCGGAUAGAAGUGUAAAUGUAACUAAUUUAUCUGAAACAAAUCUUCAAUAUAUUCAAAGUAAAACAGGUGAUAACGAAGCAACUGAUUUCAAACCGAUCGGAUUCACUGUGUCAGGAAGUUCAUUCAUCAGAAAUUCAAUGAAUUUACACGGCACUCCUUUUAACUUCAAGCUGAUUAUACCCUCUGAAUACAUUAUUCUUUGUAUAGCAAAAAUUACUACUACACGUUUUGUCAUUUAAUUUCAGUUUAAAAGUUUUCUGACUAUUUAAUGCUUCUAUUCACUUGAUCUUGGCGGCUUUGAUUUAGCAAAACAAGAAUACUGACCUCACUAAUUUAAACACUGGCGACAAA